CGGUAGAUCAGACAUCAAACUGGAGGCAGCGAGUGAUGAGGACAGUGGUGCUCCAAAGUCCCUAAGAGAAGAUAGGAUGAUUUAGUGGACUGCAGUCCUGAGUUCGGAUUAUUAAACAGAAAGGGAAAAUAAUAAUAAUAAUAAUAAUAACGGGGUGUGCUGGCAGAAAAUUACGUAGGGAAACUAAGCUAACACAGCUGAUAGAGGUCCCGAACCUGGGUUUGUGAUGUGACUGCUGGCUGCGCCUAAGUGGCGCUUUUACGCACGAUGGAAGACCUUUUACGCGAGCAGUACAGUUGGUCUCACAAUCUCACAUGGAGCAGCUCAAGUCGUGAAAAUGAAAGCUACGUAGGAAACACCACGGUGAACCCUCUGAAACGAAAUGAAGAAGUGGCUAAAGUGGAAGUUACCGUUCUGGUCCUUGUGCUGCUUCUCGCGCUGACAGGCAAUAUGUGCGUUCUGUGGGCUAUUCACACCACCAAGCACAGUCAGUCUCGGAUGUAUUACUUCAUGAAGCACCUGAGCAUCGCAGACCUUGUAGUUGCAAUCUUUCAGGUUUUACCUCAGCUCAUCUGGGAUAUCACUUUUCGCUUCUAUGGACCCGAUUUGCUGUGCAGGUUGGUGAAAUACCUCCAGGUCGUGGGUAUGUUUGCGUCUACGUACAUGCUGGUUCUAAUGUCGAUAGACAGGUGCUUGGCAGUCUGCCAGCCACUUCGCUCCGUGCACAAGAAAAAAGACCGCUUCUGUGUGAUCGCCUCUUGGAUGCUCAGCCUGAUAUUCAGCAGUCCUCAAGCUUACAUAUUUUCUCUUAGGGAGGUCGGUAAUGGUGUGUAUGACUGCUGGGGGGACUUCGUGCAGCCUUGGGGUGCCAAAGCAUACAUCACUUGGAUGAGUUUGAGCAUUUACAUUUUCCCAGUGGCCAUUUUAAGCAUCUGCUAUGGUUUGAUAUGUUUUAAAAUAUGGGAGAAUUUCAAUCUAAAAACCAGAAGGGAGCACUUUCUGGCUCUCACUCCAAGGCCCUCCAAAGGCGCCCAACCCUUUUCUCGUGUGAGCAGCGUGAGACUCAUUUCGAAGGCUAAGAUCCGCACAGUAAAAAUGACAUUUGUAGUGGUACUUGCUUAUAUUGUGUGCUGGACUCCUUUUUUCUUUGUCCAGAUGUGGUCGGCAUGGGAUCCUGCUGCACCAAGAGAAGACAUGGCUUUCAUCAUUGCAAUGUUGCUAGCCAGUCUCAAUAGCUGCUGUAACCCGUGGAUUUACAUGUUCUUCGCGGGUCACCUAUUCCAUGACCUGAUGCAGUGUUUCUUCUGCUGCUGUCGACGGUACCUGACAGAGUGCUCGUGCAGCUGUGAUCAACAGUGCAGACACAAAAGGGGCUCCUCCACUUACGUUAACAAGAACACCAACAGUCAGAGGAGCCUCUCACGCACAUCCAGUACGGUACACUGAAAAGCCAGCUAAAAGGCAUGCAAGCUUCGUGCAAUCAAGUAAUCUAGCAAUCAUGCAGCUACCCAUUUCACCCAUUUAACUGACAACAGAGGCAGUGUGCUGGCUAUUGCUGCACAUUUUUUCUGUAACAUUUUGAAUCGAGCUAAACUGACAAUGUAAACUUCCUGUCCAGAUGACACCCUGCACCCACUGGUGACAGAAAACAGUACAAAUGGUGUUUUAUAUAUAUCGUGUAUAGAAUUUGAACAAAAUGUGAUGUAAAAUUUAAAAAGAAUUUGUUAUCAUUUUCAUCUUUCUUUGCAACAAAAAAUAUGUGUAAAGGUAAGGUAAUAUGUAAUGUGUGAUGUGAAAGGUCAGCUACGUUUAUUCAUAUAUGUUUGUUGUGAAUUGUCAAAGAAAACAUUGUAGUGUAUAGCCUCCACAGGGAGAAGCUUUAAGGUGGAGAAGGGGAUUAUAUAAAAGGGUUGGGGCAUUAGUGUCAGCAGUAGAGCUGUCAAAUAAAAAACAGUCUGUCUGUGAGAGGGAAAGUGCUCUGAUUUGUGAUUUGGGUGAAGUUAUACUAAUUUGACCUGAAGAUUGAACCCUCCAAACCAACCAAAGUUUCAUAAUUCACACUUAUAAGAAACAAAGACUUUUUUUUUCCUCAAAAGCUCAAAUCAGUGUGGAAAUAAAUCUGCAAAUACGUAAUUGGUCCAAUACCAUCACACAGUAAAUUUCAUAAGUCAUGAAUGAUAGUUAUCUGUCCACUUUCUGCCAUCCUGUCUGUCUAUAGAUAUUAUAUCUAACAGAGAUUUCUCUUAGACAUAGCAUAUGCUACAGUAAAUUCUGAUGUGCAUGGAUUUCUGCAACAAUAAAGUGUGCCAGUGA